CAAAGAUUCACCCAUGAACCAGCUCCCAGAGAAAGUGGCAUGUUUUGGGGACCCUGGGAGCAUAAGGGGAGCAGUUGCCUGGAGGAGGACUUUCUCUAUGGUGGGAAGCCAGGCUGGAGGGGCCUGAGUAACCCUCUCUCAGGAGGGUCCUCUGUGCCACAGGUGGGCCAGGGAAAGGGGAGACUUGGUAUGUGGAUGCCUCCUUCUCAUGCCCAGGGAUCAGCGGUGUGAAUCAGCUGGGAGGACUCUUUGUGAAUGGUCGGCCCCUGCCCCUGGACACCCGGCAGCAGAUCGUGCAGCUAGCAGCCAGCGGGAUGCGGCCCUGCGACAUCUCACGGAGCCUUAAGGUAUCUAAUGGCUGUGUGAGCAAGAUCCUAGGGCGUUACUACCGCACAGGUGUCUUGGAGCCCAGGGGGAUUGGGGGAAGCAAGCCACGUCUGGCCACACCCCCUGUGGUGGCUCGAAUCGCCGAGCUGAAGGGUGAGUGCCCUGCCCUCUUUGCCUGGGAGAUCCAACGCCAGCUUUGUGCCGAAGGGCUUUGCACCCAAGAGAAGACUCCCAGUGUUUCCUCCAUUAAUCGGGUCCUGCGGGCGCUACAAGAGGACCAGAGACUGCCCUGGGCACAGCUCAGGUCACCAGCUGUUUUGGCUCCAGUUCCUCGCACUCCCUGUGGUGGCUCUGAGGCUCCCCGGGGUCCUCACCCAGGGACUGGCCACCGGAAUCGGACUAUCUUCUCCCCAGGCCAAGCCGAGGCUCUAGAGAAAGAGUUCCAGCGUGGGCAGUAUCCUGAUGCAGUGGCCCGUGGGAAGCUGGCUGCUGCCACCUCUUUGCCUGAGGACACGGUGAGGGUCUGGUUUUCCAACCGAAGAGCCAAAUGGCGCCGACAAGAGAAGCUCAAGUGGGAUAUGCAGCUCCCAGGUGCUUCCCCGGGUCUGACUGUACCGAGUGCUUUCUCAGGGAUCGUCUCUGCACAGCAGUCCCCUGGCAGUGCACCCACAGCAGCCCUGCCUGCCUUGGAGUCCUUGGGUCCCUCCUGCUGUCAGCUGUGCUGGGGGACAGCACCAGACAGGCAUCUGAGUGACACCCCACCCCAAGCCUGCUGGGGCUACCUGCCCCCCAUAGCCGAGCUCCCUGGAUUCAGUACUGCUUUGUCAUCCUUGCCCUUCCCGCCACUGCCCCCAUCGCCAGUCUUGGUGCCCCUCAGGCCUUGCUCUGGCCUGGCGCCCCACUACUGCAAGGCCUGGAAUGAGGGAGGAGAGCCAGAGUGGAAAGGAGAUGGGGUGGGGAGGAUCUAA